CUUGACUCUUGACUUAGAGAGAGAGAGAGAGACGGUGCUGCUGAGAGAGAAAAGAGAAUUUGAGAGACAACCUUUGUUUAUUAUUGUACCUUAACAUAACAAAUUUGCAACUUUGUUCCUUUUACCUUAUUCUCUUGUUCUUCUUCUUUUACAAAGAAACAAAAAAUCAGGGGCAUUUUGCAUCAUUGUUCUGCUCUGAACUCAAGUAGUUAUUGAGGUUGGAAUGAGUGUUUUGUGAUUUGGUUGGUUAAAGAGAGUUCAAUGGAUUGGAAGAGAUCUAGUUUGAAGAUCUAUGGAGAUGUUUUAUUUGGAUUUUUGUUGCUUUGUAUAAUUCAGAUUUCAAGUUCUCUUACUGAUCCUACUGAUGUUGCUGCACUUAAUAGCUUACAUACUUCACUGGGAUCUCCUCUUCUACCUGGGUGGGUUUCUAGUGGUGGAGAUCCCUGCGGAGAAGGGUGGCAAGGCAUUCAGUGUAAUGGUUCGUUCAUACAAAAAAUUGUUCUGAAUGGUGCAAAUCUGGGAGGAGAACUGGGUGAUAAUCUGGCAACAUUUGUUUCAAUCUCAGUAAUCGAUUUGAGCAACAACAACAUCGGAGGAAGUAUUCCAUCCAAUUUACCAGCUACCAUGAGAAACUUUUUUCUUUCAGCCAACCUGUUGACUGGAAGUAUUCCAACCUCUUUAUCCGCUUUAACUGGACUCAGUGACAUGUCUCUUAACAACAAUCAUUUAACUGGAGAAAUACCAGAUGCGUUCCAGUCUCUUACGCAAUUGAUCAAUCUAGAUUUAUCUAGUAAUAAUCUGAGCGGGGAACUACCUCCUUCGGUGGAGAAUUUGUCAUCUUUGACCACACUACGCUUGCAGGAUAAUCAACUAUCUGGGACACUUGAUGUUUUACAAGACCUUCCUCUGAAAGAUUUGAAUGUCGAGAACAACCAAUUUGCUGGUCCAAUACCUCCAAAGUUGCUAAGCAUACCUAACUUCAGACAAGCUGGAAAUCCAUUUAAUGAUAAUUCCACGGCAACUCGUGCUCCUCCUUCUCGCUCUCCAGUAACAGCACCGCCAGGAGCACCACCAGCAGCACCGUUUUUUCCAGUACCAUCUUCUGGUUCUGGCCGUGUACCUACCAAACAGGCUGAUGGACCAACUGUAGCGAUUGGGUCAAAAUCUGGGAAAUCAAACAAACAUACGAAAAGGGUGGUUUUGAUAGUUAUUGGCAGUGUUUUGGCAUUCAUUAUUUUUGUACUAGCACUUGUUCUAUUUAUUCCAAGAUGUGGUAGAAGGGAACGGGUUGACAGAAGGUCCAGGCGACAUCAAAUUGGGGCAUAUGGAGGUGAAAGACAACAAACUCCUAGCAGUCUAGGGGCUAUAGUCCUACCACCUAGUCAAACAGAAAAAGUACCGGCAAGAGAUGUCUCGAGGCCAAAUGAUGUUCGCCAAGAAGAGCCUAGGAAAGUGUGGGCUGUACCAAAUGCACAGGAUAAGCAAGAGAAGGACGUGCAAAGAAUGACAGCAAUACCAAGGGAUGUCUUGAGGCCAAAUGACAAUCGCCAAGAAGAGCCUAGGAGAGUGUGGGCUGUUCCAAUUCCAAAUGCACAUGAUAAGCAAGAGAAAGAUGUGCAAAGAAUGGCGACAAUAGCAAAGCCAGUAGAUCAUGAGAUUGAUAUCAGCACACCUGAAGUGUAUUCUGUGCCUCCUCCGCCUCCGCCGCCUCCUCCGCCACCCCCUCCUCCUUCAAUUCCUACUAAGAAGGGGAUUGUUGAACCAACCACUUCUCAUUCACUUCCUACUAAGAGAGUGAUUGUUGAGCCGACCACUUCCCACAGAGGGACUACUGUCGAUCCAUCCUUAAGAAGUUCAAGUCCUCCUACUUUUGCAAAAUGUUUUACCAUUGCAUCCCUUCAACAAUACACAAAUAGCUUUUCUCAAGAAAAUCUUAUAGGAGGAGGCAUGUUGGGCACUGUGUACAGGGCCGAGCUUCCUGAUGGGAAGCUGCUUGCUGUAAAGAAACUUGACAAAAGAGCCUCUGUUCACCAGAAGGAUGAUGAGUUUCUUGAAUUGGUAAAUAGUCUCGACAGAAUAAGACAUACAAACAUUGUUGAGCUUAUUGGAUACUGUUCAGAGCAUGGUCAAAGGCUUCUGAUAUAUGAGUACUGCAGUAACGGGUCACUAUAUGAUGCACUUCACUCAGAUGAUGAAUUCAAAGCAUCACUAUCGUGGAAUGCUCGCAUUCGGAUGGCACUUGGUGCGGCUAGAGCCUUGGAAUAUUUGCACGAGCAAUGUCAGCCACCUGUGGUGCACAGAAAUUUGAAGUCUGCCAAUGUUCUCCUUGAUGAUGAUCUAUCUGUGCGUGUAUCUGAUUGUGGUUUAGCUCCAUUGAUAGCUUCGGGAUCUGUAACUCAGCUCUCUGGGAACCUGCAAUCAGCUUAUGGCUAUGGAGCUCCAGAAUUUGAGUCAGGAAUUUACACUUACCAAAGUGAUGUAUACAGCGUUGGAGUGGUUAUGUUAGAACUUUUGACCGGCCGUCAGUCCCAUGACAGGACACGUCCACGAGGGGAGCAAUUUCUUGCUAGAUGGGCAAUCCCCAAACUUCACGAUAUUGAUGCAUUAUCAAAGAUGGUUGAUCCUUCUUUAAAUGGAGUUUACCCUGCAAAGUCAUUGUCAAAUUUCGCCGACAUUAUUUCUCGAUGCCUUCAGACGGAGCCCGAAUUUAGGCCAGCAAUGUCAGAAGUCGUCUUAUACUUACUAAAUAUGAUGAAGAGGGAGUCUCAGAAAAAUGAUUCAAAUGAAAAAUGAGAAUGGUGGUGAUACUUGUUCAUGAAUUGAGGUGCAAAGAUUUAGCAUAGUUUCUUAGGAUUACAUGAUAGUUUUGCAUAGGUGUCUAACUAACCCAUUUGUUUGAUAAUUGUUUCUAAAUUCUUAAUCAUGAAAAUGUAAUUCCAAUUUGCGUGCAUCCUUAUGGUUUAUUAUAUUAAUCCUUGAUAACAAAAGUUUGUUAGUCAUUUGUACAAAUUCAACUCAAGCAUUGUAAUUCAAUACUUGUGAACUACCAAAAGUUAUCUAUUGCCUUUUUGUUA